GUGGGCUGCAUGCAGGCCCGGUAUUUCACCAAAUUCAUUCCUAGUCUGCUUCACUGCCUCGCCAGACGGGUAGAACACGCAACUCCUCGUCGGGCCUGCGUUCUUGGGCACUUGGCUGCUUUCAGCAGUCAACCCGGCAACAAGAUGUCGGCCACGCUGACCUUCUGGGACCGCAACCCGCCCUACGCGGCGGUGGCGCUGGCCCGGUUGGCGAAUGUGCCGGUGGCGGCCACUCAUGACCCAAAGGCGACGAAGGAGACUGUUCCCACGCUGUCUGUAUCCGGGGAGACCUUCACCGGCACCAUGAUCCUCAAGUACAUCGCUCGCGCCAGCGCCCAGCGUGAUGAGCUGUACGGCGGCUCGGACGCGGUUGCGGCCUGUCAGGUGGACCAGUGGCUGGACCAGGCCGGCGCCAUCACGCCCGCCGCGCUGGAGGCCCAGGCCGCCGCGCUGAACGACUUCCUGCAGCUGCGCACCUUCCUGGUGGGCUACAGCCUCACCCUGGCCGACCUGGCGGUGUGGGGCGCGCUGCAGGCCUCGCCGCUGUGGAACAAGGUGCGCGGCAGCGGCAAGGUGCCGCACCUGGCCCGCUGGUUCGCCUUCUGCUCGGAGGUGCCCCAGGUCCGUGCCGCCACCGAGGAGCUGGCGGCGCUGGCCGGCAAGAAGCCGGGAGCGCCAGCUGCAGGCGGCGCCGACAAGAAGGGCGCGGGCGCGGGCGCCGCCGGCGACAACAAGAAGGGCGGCGCGGCUGGCGGCGCCGCCGGCGCCGCGGCUGGCGGCGCGGAGGGCGGCGACGCGGGCGGCUCGUUUGACAUUGGCCUGCCGGGCGCGGAGGAGGGCAAGGUGGUGACUCGCUUCCCGCCCGAGCCGUCGGGCUACCUGCACAUCGGCCACGCCAAGGCGGCGCUGCUGAACCAGUACUUUGCGGACAUGUACAAGGGCAAGCUGCUGGUGCGCUUCGACGACACCAACCCCUCCAAGGAGAAGGACGAGUUCGUGGAGAACAUCAUGAAGGACAUUGCGGACCUGGGCCUGCGCUACGAGAAGCUGACGUACACGUCGGACUACUUCCCGCAGCUGCUGGAUCUGGGCGAGCGCAUGAUCCGCGCCGGCCUCAUGUACGCCGACGACACGCCCGUGGAGGCCAUGCGCGAGCAGCGCGGCCGCGGCGAGGAGAGCGCCUGCCGCGGCCGCAGCGUGGAGGAGAACCUGCGGCUGUGGGAGGAGAUGAAGGCGGGCAGCGAGGUGGGGCUGGCCAAUGCCAUGCGCUUCAAGAUCGACAUGAAGUCGGUGAACGGCACCAUGCGCGACCCGGUGGCCUUCCGUUGCAACCUGACGCACCACUGGCGCACCGGCACCAAGUACAAGCUGUACCCCACCUACGACUGCGCCUGCCCCUUUGUGGACGCGGUGGAGGGCGUGACGCACGCGCUGCGCACCUCGGAGUACCGCGACCGCGAGGAGCAGUACUACUGGAUCCUGUCGGCCUACCAGAAGGUGUGGCCGGGCGGCCUGCCGCACGUGCACAUCUGGGACUACAGCAGGCUCAACUUCGUCAACACCGUGCUGUCGAAGCGCAAGCUGACCUGGUUUGUGGACACGGGCCGGGUGGACGGCUGGGCGGACCCGCGCAUGCCCACGGUGCAGGGCAUCCUGCGCCGCGGCCUGCGCAUUGAGGCGCUCAAGGAGUUCAUCCUCAGCCAGGGCGCAUCCAAGAACAUCACGUUCCAGGAGUGGGACAAGAUCUGGACCAUCAACAAGAAGCUGAUUGACCCGGUGUGCCCUCGCCACACGGCCGUGGACGUGGAGGGCAAGGUGCUGCUGACGCUGGAGGACGGCCCCUCGCCGCCCGAGGUGGUCACGGUGCCGCGCCACCUCAAGUACCCGCCCGCCGGCAAGAAGGCCGUCACGCGCGGCCGCACGCUGUGGCUGGAGCAGGCUGACGCCGCCGCCAUCAGCGAGGGCGAGGAGGUGACGCUCAUGUCGUGGGGCAACGCCGUCAUCACCGCCGUCACCCGCGACGCCGCCACCGGCGCCGUCACCGCGCUGGCCGGCAAGCUGAACCUGGCGGGCGACGUGAAGAAGACCAAGCUCAAGCUGACGUGGCUGGCGGCGGUGCCCGAGUGCGAGACGGUGGAGCUGUCGCUGCUGGACUUUGACUACCUGAUCACCAAGAAGAAGGUGGAGGAGGACGACAACUUCAUGGACCUGGUCAACCCCGUGACCAAGUUUGAGAAGGCGGCGCUGGGCGACCCCAACAUGCGCAGCCUGCAGAAGGGCGACGUGAUCCAGCUGGAGCGCAAGGGCUACUACAUUGUGGACGAGCCGCACGGCGUCAAGGGCGCCGGCAAGCCCAUGGUGCUGUUCGCCAUCCCGGACGGCCGCACCAAGAACAUGACCAAGCCCGGGGCCGCCGCGCCCGCCGCCUCGUCGUAGAGGGGGGAGGGCCGAUGCGUUGAGUGUCGUGGUGGUGGCUGGGGCUGAAGGCUAUGGAAGGCUGCUGAGGGAGGUCGGGGCGCGGCAGCUGUGACUGUGCCCGUGACUGUGGCCGCGGCCGUCUGUGGCGGCGCGGAGUGCAGAACGAAUAAAUGAGUUGGGAGGCAGGAGCGUGGGCCUUGGGUGCGCGUGUAUUUGGGACCUGAGUGUAGCCUGUAUAAUAUUACAACCGCUGUGUUGCCCGCCGUCUCAGUCGGUGGUAACCGAUGCUAUCAUACAUAUUACCCCUUCACAUGUGUGUUGGGCCAUUUUGCAUCAGCUGCACAUUGCAGCAGGAGUGCGUGCGUUUUUGAUGUGGUCUAGCCGGGCGUGAGCCUGAGGUGACGAUGGAGGAUGGCCAUGCGUACAGCACCGGCGCUGUGUUGUGUUAACAGGCUUGGCAGCCACAGCUGGCCAUGCAGUAGACAAGAUGGUCGGACACAUGCAGUCCACUACUCUGGAGUCAUGUGCUCCUGAAAGUCAACUGGAG